GUUUAGAACACGGAACAGUCCCUCGCAAAAAACUUCGCUUCGUUGGGGCGACUGUUGCGGCCAUAAGACCCACAAGUGAGAGUUUUCUUGCCUAAGUGCUUCGACUAAGGUAAAAAGUACCACUAAGGCGCGAUGAUUAACGUGGCGGGAGUCAUCUCCAUUAUCAUUUUUUACGUGCUUAUUCUGGGGGUGGGCAUCUGGGCGGGCCGCAAAAAGGAGUCCGGGAAUGACUCCGAGGAGGAGGUCAUGCUGGCGGGGCGCAAUAUCGGCCUUUUCGUCGGCAUUUUCACAAUGACAGCUACUUGGGUCGGGGGCGGUUACAUAAACGGCACGGCUGAGAUUAUCUACACCACGGGGUUGGUCUGGUGCCAAGCACCUUUCGGGUACUCUCUCAGUCUAGUCUUUGGGGGCAUUUUCUUUGCAAAUAAGAUGCGAAAACAGGGUUAUAUAACGAUGUUAGAUCCACUACAAGACUCGUUCGGCGAACGCAUGGGAGGCCUCUUGUUCCUGCCGGCUCUAUGUGGCGAAGUUUUCUGGGCCGCUGGGAUUUUAGCCGCACUUGGGGCCACUCUGAGCGUCAUCAUCGACAUGGAUCACAGAACCAGCGUAAUAUUCAGUGCUUGCGUCGCCGUUUUCUACACACUCUUCGGCGGCUUAUAUUCGGUCGCUUACACAGACGUCAUCCAGUUAUUUUGCAUUUUCAUCGGACUUUGGAUGUGCAUUCCGUUCGCUUGGACCAACGAACACGUAACCUCGUUAGAGUCAAUCGACGUCGACUGGAUCGGAGUCGUCAAAAAAGAAGAGUAUUUUAUUUAUUUGGACUACGGUUUGUUGCUAAUUUUCGGCGGAAUCCCGUGGCAAGUCUACUUCCAGCGAGUACUUUCGAGCAAAUCCGCAGGUCGGGCGCAACUCCUGUCGUACGUUGCAGCUUUUGGUUGUAUUCUAAUGGCCAUACCACCGGUACUAAUCGGCGCAAUCGCCAAAGCCACCGCCUGGAACGAAACAGGAUACAAGGGUCCGUAUCCUUUAACCGAGGCCGAGAGCAGCAUGAUCCUGCCAAUGGUGCUGCAGUACCUCACACCCGACUUCGUCUCGUUCUUCGGCCUCGGUGCUGUUUCAGCCGCUGUAAUGUCUUCAGCAGACUCGAGCGUACUUUCCGCAAGUUCCAUGUUCGCCCGAAACGUCUACAAGCUGAUCUUCCGGCAGAAGGCGUCCGAAAUGGAGAUAAUCUGGGUGAUGCGAGUCUCGAUCCUGAUUGUGGGGGUACUUGCUACAAUCAUGGCACUAACCAUACCUUCCAUUUACGGUUUAUGGUCCAUGUGUUCGGAUCUAGUCUACGUCAUUUUGUUCCCCCAGCUCUUGAUGGUCGUCCAUUUCAAGAACUACUGCAACACUUAUGGCAGUCUUGCCGCGUACAUUAUAGCGUUUUUCGUGCGUUUGAGCGGCGGCGAGGCCCAGAUGGGCUUGGAUGCGUUGGUGCAUUUCCCAGGAUGGGAUGAGGAGAAUCAAAGACAACUGUUCCCCUUCAGGACUCUAGCCAUGAUUUUGUCGUUGGUCACUCUGAUUGGGGUUUCAUGGUGGACGAAGUGGGUGUUUGAGACGGGGAGGUUGGCCCCAGGGUACGACUUUUUCCACUGCGUUGUCAACAUUCCCGAAGAUGUACAGAGGGUGGGAGAGCCGGCGGAGGAAGGGGAACAGAUGUCGGUGAUGGCUUCUGGUGCUAUGGGGAAACUGUACGGGGCUGCGACUCUUGUGGGUAAAGAUGAGAGGAAUGGGAGAAUCAAUCCGGCUUUGGAACCUGAUGAUGAUGUCUUGCCGGCCGAAAUCGAGAAAUUGAGAGGGUCGGUUAGUAGUGGAGGGGGGAUCAGGUCGGGGACUAAUCCGGAUAUCCAAACCACGCUUUGAAGGAGUUAAUCAUUUGUCUUCUGUUUUUUUCGAUUAGAAGAUCAGUAGGUGCUACAUAGAUGUUUUACUUGCCGCUGGACGGUUCUGUUGAUUCAUUUCGAGAGUUUAUUUUGUUUUGUCUUCAACGAAAUGUA